AUGCAGCGAAACGGGGUGAUGGAAUGCACAGCGUGCCGCUCCCGGCUGGUGGCGCCGAGCCCGCGGAGCGUGUCCAGGGCGUACGACAAGCACCACAACAAGAUAACGUCCAAGUUCCGUGCGCUCAAAUUCCUCCUCGUCGUCGGCGACUGCAUGCUCGUCGGCCUCCAGCCCAUCCUAGUGUUCAUGUCAAAAGUAGAUGGGAAGUUCCAGUUCAGCCCCAUCAGUGUUAACUUUUUGACGGAGGUUGCAAAAGUUAUCUUUGCUAUCGUGAUGCUAAUUAUUCAGUCUCGAAAGCAAAAGGUUGGGGAAAAACCACUUCUGGCACGUUCAACCCUUAUACAGGCAGCCCGCAAUAAUGUACUCCUAGCUGUCCCUGCACUUCUAUAUGCCAUCAACAAUUACCUUAAAUUUAUCAUGCAGUUGUAUUUCAAUCCUUCAACUGUGAAAAUGCUAAGCAACCUAAAGGUACUGGUCAUAGCUGUUCUUCUGAAAUUUAUAAUGAGAAGGAGGUUCUCUGUUAUUCAGUGGGAAGCUCUUGCUCUAUUACUUAUUGGGAUCAGCAUCAAUCAACUUCGAACUGCACCUGCGGGCGAUACAGCAUUUGGUCUUCCUAUCACUGCUAUCGCAUACAUCUAUACACUGAUUUUUGUAACUGUUCCAUCACUAGCUUCUGUCUACAACGAGUAUGCAAUGAAAAGUCAAGAUACUAGUAUUUAUCUUCAGAAUUUAUUUCUGUAUGGAUAUGGUGCAAUAUUCAACUUCCUCGGCAUCCUUGGGACGGCCUUAUUCCAAGGGCCCGAGAAUUUUAAUAUCCUUCAAGGGCAUUCAAGGGCUACGAUGUUUCUCAUAUGUAACAAUGCUGCGCAAGGCAUUCUUUCUUCAUUCUUCUUCAAGUAUGCAGAUACAAUUUUGAAGAAGUAUUCCUCAACUGUUGCCACAAUUUUUACUGGUCUAGCUUCUGCUGCUUUUCUGGGACAUACCUUGACUAUUAACUUUCUCCUGGGCAUAUCAGUGGUGUUUAUUUCAAUGCAUCAGUUCUUCUCACCUAUAGCUAAAGUCAAAGGCGACAAACCAGGUGAAUUAUUGGAGUUGCAAGAUACACAGAAUCAUCGGUCAUCUGAUUCUUCUUUUGUAAAUAUGACUGCUGGUGCUGCUGAGGACGCUAGCCAUCAGCUUGGAACUGAUGAGAGGCAACAACUGUUGCCAAUUUGA